AUGUUGGGUUACGGUUUUCCUCCUGAUGCGUAUCUGCCAAUGCCGAAUCAACAGGCGUCGCGUGAGAUAAAUUCAUUACAAACUAAUGGACUGGCGGAAAAUUCGGGAAAUAAUAUGGAAUUAAUGCAAACUUUGGUGGCGAAUGCCAAUAGUACAUGUGAAAAUUCACGAAGAUUUACUGUUAAUAAUUUGCUGCAGCUUGAGAACAGCAAAAAUCUUAGGAUAACUGAUGGUGACGAAUCCGACGGCAGCGUCAACGAUGGAAGUGAAGACAAUGAGCCUUCGCCUGCUGGUUUAACAGAAAUCGGAACUGAAAAUAUACCUCGAAGCAGUUCAAAAAAACCGCGCAGAAAUCGAACGACAUUUAGUGCAGGUCAAUUAGCUGCCCUGGAGCGCGUUUUCGAACGCACUCAUUAUCCUGAUGCGUUUGUUAGAGAAGAAUUGGCGGUUCGGGUUGGACUCAGCGAAGCUAGAGUACAAGUAUGGUUUCAAAAUAGACGAGCAAAAUUUCGACGUAAUGAACGCAGUGCGCUUUCUUCCCGCGGCUCCAAUGCCUCUGCACCCGAAACGGUGGUCGCACCAGUACCACCGACCGCGACACCAAUGAGAACCAACGACAGCUCAACCUGCCCAUCAAUUCCUAACCAUCGGCAAGCAUUAGAUUGCAUAGCUCCUCAUUAUUCUGAUUGGAAAUCUCAAACAGCAAAUUUUAAUCAUUAUCCAACCAUGAUGGCUGGUAUGUUUGCAAAGACUUCUCCAUAUUACAAUAAUAAUUAUAAUUCACCUGGGUUUAGUACAAAUGAGUCGCAAAAUCACUAUCAGACCCAAUCUUGUAGUUUUGCAAAUGGAUCUCAUAGUCAGACUGUUGUCCCUUAUUACACUAAUAAUCUACAAAAUGACUAUGGAGGUAUCACAAAUAGCAUUGCUAGUCUACGAUUUAGAGCACAAGGAUAUCCAAUGCAUCAUCCGCAGUUUUAA